AAACUGUGAUGCCCAAAUAAACGUCGAACGAACAAAAUAGGAGAGAGAAACAACGCGAAUUAGAGAGAGACACACAAAAAUCAAAAUUACAACUAACUUUGGAGAACAAUUUCGCAAUCAAAUUCAAUCCCAGAACCCUAAUCUUUUUAUCCUAACGUUUUCAAUCCCCAAUUUUGACCUCAAAUUUGCCAUAUUUUUUUUAAAAGGUAGGGUUUUGUCAAGAGAACCCUAAUCGGUGCAACUCAAUUUGAAAUUGAAGAAAUUGGGUCAGUACAAAUUAGGGCUUUUGCUACAAUCGGGAUUUCGACGACGUAUUUAGGAGGAUCUGCUUCAUUGAGCUUACGAUCAGGGUUAAUUAGUUUGUCAAUUGUUGCACCGAGUGACUGAAGCACCGUCAUUGUGGUUAAUUCGACUCAAUUUAUUGGGGUUUCUUUAUCUUUUCGAUUGAUUGUAAGUGUCCUUGCAUGGUGAAAUGGUGCCCUUGCAGUGGGAAUAAAUCAUGUGCUGGAGAUGAAUGGUGAACUGACCUCAUAUGGUGAAACUGAUGCACUUUCAGGCUUUUGGUAAUUUAAGAGUUGAAAAUGAAUGUCCAGGCACACGUGUCAGGUCAGAUCUCUGGGCAGGUACCUAACCAGACUAGUAAUCAGUUGCCUGGAUUGCUUCAGCAGAAUGGGAAUACAUUCCACACGCAGGCUCAAAAUCUAGGUGGUCAAAGUAAUUCACCAAUGAUAGACACUACUGAGGUUUUAAGAAUUCGACGGUUUAUACAUGAUAAGAUCUAUGAGAUUCUAAUGCGGAGGCAACCACAUCCAGAUGAAAAUGUUGUACGGAAAUUGCAAGAACUUUCAAAACGCUUGGAAGAGGGGCUGUUUAAAUCAGGUCAAACAAAGGAGGAAUACAUGAAUAUGGAUACACUUGAGAUCCGUUUGCAGGCAUUCAUUAGGCGAACACCACAGACCAAUCAUGCUCCUCAACAGUCACAAUUUAUGAAUACUCCUACUCCUGUUGGUACGAUGAUACCAACACCUGGUAUGCAACAGCAACACAAUGUAAGUUCAAAUAUGAUGGUAUCAUCUGCAGUGGAUCAUUCUAAUAUGACCACAGCUAGUACUUGUGGCGGCAUGCCAUCCUCAACUCAAGGGAUGGGAAGCUUGAUGCCCAAUUCCAAUGGCUCAUUUUCUAGCCUUCGUGGUGGUUCUUUCCAUGGAGCUGAAGGAUCUCUUUCAAAUGGUUACCAGCAACCGCCUUCUAGUUUUCCCAUGAAUUCUGGCAGUAACAACGUAAUGGCUGGGCAGAGAGUUAUGAGCCAAAUGAUUCCUACUCCUGGGUUCAGUGGCAAUAAUAAUCAGGCAUUUAUGAAUGUGGAUAACACUAGCAGUGGUGGUGUGUUAUCAGGUGUUGAUUCAUCGGCUGUGUCACAACAGGUGCCUCUAAAACACGGUGGUCAAAAUAGCCGCAUGUUACAGAACCUUGGUAGUGCAAUGAGUAAUGGAAUGAGGUCUUUAAUGCAGCAAAGGUUCCAAAAUGGGUCUGUGAACAGUGGAUUUGGGAACAAUCUCCCAAUGGUAAAUGGUUCAGGCUCUUCAGAUAACUAUUUGACCACAUCAUCUUUUGGUGCCUCUCCUAGACCGUUGCAACAGCCCCAUGACCAACAUCAGCGCCCUUCUGUUCAAGGUGAUGGAUACAGGAUGAGUGCUGCUGAUUCAGCUGGAAAUGGAAGUUUCUACAACACUGGAGCUCAGGGUGGGUCCUUGAUGAAUAAUCAGAAUGUAAAUCAAAUGCGACCACAGACUAUAAGCAGACCUAACUCCCAAAUGAAUCAAACUAACAUGCAAGCUGUGCAAUCAGCUUCAUACAUAAGGCCUCAAUUAGCGGAACAGGUUGAAAAGUUGAAUUUUCAAUCAUCACCUAGAGAAAAUCAUUCACAAGCAUAUGCUAAACAGUAUCAGCAACAACCUCAUAUGCUUCCACAGCAGCAGCAAUUUGCUUCAAGUCGUCAGCAGAAGCAGUCUAGUGAGCAGCAGCAAUCUUUUGGGAGAAAUGAUCAGUUUGUUCAUUCGCAAAUAGCAUCUGAUCUUGGCAGUCGUGUGAAAUCUGAAGCAGGAAUGGAGCAUCAACAUGAGGUUCUUCAGACACAAUUUUCUUCUGGGCAGCUCCAGCUUCCAGAAUCUCACAAUGAACUUCAUCAUGAUUCUAACGGAAAUCUUAUUAGAAAUUCUCAAUCGUCUUCUGUUCCACAAAGGCCUCAAGACAUGCACUCCACGCUCCUGCAAAAUCAACCGCAGAUGAUGUCUGAUGAGGCUACUACUGAAUACAAUAACAUGGCUUUUGGAGCGUUACCAGAAGCACAACUGCAUGGUCAAUGGCAUUCCGAAUCAGACAGAUCGUCAUUAGCUGGAAAGUUGUCGCAUGAACAACAUCUACAAGAGGAGUUCCGCCAGAGAAUGCUGGGGCAUGAUGAAGCCCAGUGCAAUAAUUUGUCUUCUGAAGUGUCAAGCAUUGGCCAAAAUAUCGCUCCUAGGAGCACUGUGGAUCAACCCAGAUUAGUUGGUGCACCCUUGAGCUCCGGGAAUCCCGCUCGUGAGCGUAAUUAUAAGAAUCAACAAAGGUGGCUUUUGUUCUUGCGUCAUGCACGUUGCUGUAGAGCACCAACAGGAAAAUGUCCAGAGCGUUUUUGCUCUGAGGCACAAAAGCUAUUGAAGCAUAUAGAUGUCUGUGAUUCUCCUUCUUGUCCCAAACCUCGCUGUUUGCCAACCAAAGGACUUCUACAUCAUAAUAAGCUUUGUGUUUUUGCUGGCUGCCCUGUUUGUGUACCUGUCAGAAAUUAUAUACGUUCACAUGGAAAAAGAAUUAUUCGCAAGGAUUCUGAUUCUGGGUUGCAACGUUCAAUUGCUGGUAUUUGCAGAUCAUCUGAAUCUGGAGAAGCUAAGGUUAAAGGCACUUUAAAGCCUUCUGAAAUAAUGGUUGAACCGUCAGAAAGCCAACCUGCUGUCAAACGCCUAAAGCCAGAGCCUUUGUCCCAAUCUGCUACUCCUGAGAGUGGUAGCAUGUUUGUAUCAGUUAAUGCCAGUAGUAUAUCUCAUGUUUCCCACAGCGUACAACCAAAAGGAUAUGAGAAAAUCGAUAAUAGUUUGCAGGUUAAGUCUGAAUUUUCAGAUGUGAAGAUGGAGACUUUAGCUGGAUCAAACACUGAUGUUACUGAGGUCAAGAACAUUAUAGUUGAUACUUCUAAUCAGCAGUUGGAUGGUACGUCUUCCUUGAUUUCCUUGGAAAAGGAAGAAAGUGUCAAAGUCGAAAAAGACAAUGGUCAGCCAGAGGAAGUGGUUUCUCCUGAACUAACAAAGUCUGGAAAGCCAAAGAUUAAAGGAGUAUCCUUAACUGAACUGUUCACACCGGAGCAAAUAAGGGAGCACAUCUCUGGUCUUAGACAGUGGGUUGGGCAGAGCAAAGCUAAGGCAGAGAAAAAUCAAGCAAUGGAAAACUCAAUGAGUGAAAACUCCUGUCAGUUAUGUGCUGUUGAGAAGCUCACGUUUGAACCACCUCCUAUUUAUUGUUCUCCAUGUGGUGCUCGAAUAAAGAGAAAUGCGAUGUAUUACACUGUGGGAGCUGGUGAUACACGACACUAUUUCUGUAUUCCAUGCUAUAAUGAAGCCCGUGGUGACACAAUUGCUAUAGAUGGAACUCCAGUUUCCAAAUCUAGGCUGGAGAAAAAGAAAAACGAUGAGGAGACUGAAGAAUGGUGGGUUCAAUGCGAUAAAUGUGAAGCUUGGCAGCAUCAGAUCUGUGCCUUGUUUAAUGGAAGACGGAAUGAUGGUGGUCAAGCUGAAUACACAUGCCCUUUUUGUUAUAUGCAAGAGAUUGAAGGAGGAGAGCGCAAGCCGUUGCCACAGAGUGCUGUUCUUGGGGCAAAAGAUUUGCCAAAGACGAUUCUCAGUGAUCACAUUGAGCACCGGCUAUUCAAACGAUUGAAACAAGAGAGACUAGAAAGAGCGAGAGUCCAGGGUAAAAGUUAUGACGAGAUUCCUGGAGCAGAUGGAAUUGUUGUUAGAGUUGUGUCGUCUGUUGACAAGAAGUUAGAGGUGAAACCACGGUUUCUGGAGAUCUUCCGUGAUGAGAAUUAUCCUACGGAAUUCGCAUAUAAAUCUAAGGUAGUUUUGCUUUUUCAGAAGAUUGAAGGAGUAGAAGUGUGUUUAUUUGGAAUGUAUGUGCAAGAAUUUGGCUCAGAAUGCCUGCCUCCAAAUCAGCGCCGUGUUUAUCUUUCAUACCUUGAUUCAGUAAAGUAUUUUAGGCCUGACGUGAAAGCAGUGACGGGAGAGGCUCUCCGUACAUUUGUUUAUCAUGAAAUCUUGAUCGGGUACCUUGAAUACUGUAAGAAGCGAGGCUUUUCAAGUUGUUAUAUAUGGGCAUGUCCACCUUUAAAGGGUGAAGAUUAUAUUUUGUAUUGCCAUCCUGAGAUACAGAAAACACCGAAAUCUGACAAAUUGAGGGAGUGGUACUUGGCGAUGCUAAGAAAAGCUACUAAGGAAAAUAUUGUGGUCGACCUUACUAACUUAUAUGACCAUUUCUUUAUACAAACUGGUGAAUCCAAGGCCAAGGUCACCGCAGGUAGGCUGCCGUAUUUUGAUGGUGACUAUUGGCCUGGUGCUGCAGAGGAUAUGAUCUAUCAGAUUAAUCAAGAAGAGGAGGGUAGAAAACUCAACAAGAAGGGAACGACAAAAAAGAUGAUCACAAAGAGGGCUCUUAAAGCAUCUGGGCAAUCAGAUCUUUCUAGCAAUGCAUCAAAGGAUCUUCUUUUAAUGCAUAAACUUGGAGAAACGAUUUCCCCGAUGAAGGAAGAUUUUAUUAUGGUCCAUUUGCAGCAUUCAUGCACUCACUGCGGUUUGUUAAUGGUUUCCGGUAACCGCUGGACAUGCAAUCAAUGUAAAAACUUUCAGCUGUGUGACAAAUGCUAUGAAACAGAACAGAAGCGUGACGACAGAGAAAGACAUCCUAUCAACCAAAAGGACAAGCAUGCUCUUUAUCUGGUUGAGAUAACUGAUGUACAAGAUGACACCAAGGACAAAGAUGAGAUUCUUGAGAGUGAAUUUUUUGAUACCCGGCAGGCAUUCUUGAGUCUUUGCCAGGGGAAUCAUUACCAGUAUGACACUCUACGUCGUGCUAAACAUUCCUCCAUGAUGGUGCUAUAUCAUCUUCAUAAUCCAACUGCCCCGGCAUUUGUGAUAACAUGCAACAUAUGUCAUCUUGAUAUUGAGACUGGUCAAGGUUGGCGUUGUGAAACAUGUCCAGAUUAUGAUAUAUGCAAUUCUUGUUACCAAAAGGAUGGAGGUACUGAUCAUCCUCACAAGUUGACAAAUCAUCCUUCUGUGGCUGAUCGUGAUGCACAGAAUAAGGAAGCUAGACAACAACGUGUUGUACAGCUACGAAAAAUGCUUGAUCUGCUGGUGCACGCAUCACAGUGCCGUUCACCACAUUGCCAGUAUCCCAAUUGCCGGAAGGUUAAGGGGCUUUUCCGUCAUGGGAUACAGUGUAGAACUCGUGCAUCUGGUGGUUGUGUUCUUUGCAAGAAGAUGUGGUACCUUCUUCAACUUCAUGCUCGAGCUUGUAAAGAAUCUGAGUGUCACGUACCUCGAUGCAGGGAUUUGAAAGAACAUCUAAGGCGGUUGCAACAGCAGUCUGAUUCGCGUAGACGAGCAGCUGUGAUGGAAAUGAUGAGACAGCGAGCUGCAGAAGUAGCCGGACAUGCUUAAUACGUGUACAUAUUUCUGGACACUUUGGUUAAUAUUCUGAAGAAUACUCAUCAGCAAGAGAAGAGAGUCUCUUUCAUGGCAGGAGAAGUGAUACGGACUUUGCACCUCUGUACAGAUUUAAUAUGCAGAAUAUUUCCUGCUUCUGAAACUCUCCCUUCCCAUUGAAGACACUUUGCAUUAUGGAGGGCACUUCUUGUCCUCAAAGCUUACUGGCAUCUCAAAAAUGGAGCACCGGCGCUAGUGUUCAUCUUCGUGGGGUGGAAGAGUUGGUGAUUCUUUAAUUCUAUCCUUUGUGUAUUUUCUACAACCGCCAUCGUUGGGUGGCAAGUGUACUAUAGUAAGUCUUUAUAUGUCAGAGAAAUUUUCCUUUUUUGUGCAAUGGAAGGUAAGGGGGCGUUUGCAGUUUUGUGCCUUCUACCUCUUAUACGUUCCCCUUUUUUGUAGAAUAUUUGUUUCAUUUUGGAAAGGAAAAAAAAGAAAAGUUGCUUCAAAAA